AUGAGGGGAAGAUUACCCAAAAAUAAUACACACCUCGCAUUUUUAUUAGAUCUUUUUCAAUCUAAAAAGCGUGUUGACGGCAGAGAAUGGACUGAUUUUCGUUCUUUUGACGUUAGUUAUGAUCCAACUUGUAGAUUAACACACAUUCGAUUGGGGAAAACAAGAUUAAUGUGCACAUUAGAUGCAGAAAUUUCAGCACCCAGAAAAAGUACAAAACCAGGUGCUGGCUCUAUUGCUUUUUCCGUUGAUUUUCUUCCAAUGGCGCAUCCCUCAGCUGUUGAAACAAAUUCUUUUGAUAACGAAAUAGAGCAAUGUUUGGUUAUUUUGGAAUCUUUAUUUAGAGAUACUUAUUGCUUAGAUUUUGAUACUUUAUGUAUUGAAUCGAAUAAGUAA